AUUGAGCAUCAGUCAGUUUGUGUUCAUCGAAGUGCACCGACGGACUAGAUCCUGUCCCCCGGCUGAAAAUUAGUCGCGUCAACGAAAUUCCCCUCGUUCGCUUCCUUCCGACGAAUUUCUCUCGUUGUUAGAUAACUGUCUAACUUUGAUUCGAAGAUAUAUAUAUAUAGAUAAAAAUGAGUGCAAAGCUAUCGGACAUUCUUUAUCUCUUCGACCGGCCGGCCGAGCCGGUCUACGUGCCGAAAGGCGAGAAGAAGGUGGCCUUCGACAUCCCCGGCACUUACUUCCCGGACCGGAUCCGCCCGGUUGCCGUAGACGUGGUCAACCGUUUUGCCGAUGACACGGAAUCGAAGAUCCAGAUCCGCGAGAUCACUCUACCUGAUCUCAGAAUCCCCUUGGAAUUGGGACGUCGUGACCCCUUCUCGUUGUUCAUUCCCCAUCAUCGUAAAAUAGCCGCCAGGUUAAUCGACAUCUUCGUAGGAAUGCGAACCACCGAUGACUUCCUGUCCGCCUGUGUCUACUGCAGGGAUCGAGUGAACCCGAAUUUGUUCAUUUACGCCAUGUCGGUGGCGAUCCUUCACCGCCCCGACACCAAGAACCUUCCGAUUCCUCCGCUGUCCGAAGUCUUUCCAGGAAAGUUUAUGGACAGCGGUGUCUUCUCCCGAGCCAAAGAAGAAGCUAACUUGGUCCCGGCCGGAGCUCGCCAACCGAUCAUCAUCCCGAAAGAUUACACCGCCUCCGAUCUCGACGACGAGCACCGCGUCGCCUACUUCAGAGAAGACUUGGGUAUAAAUCUCCAUCACUGGCAUUGGCAUCUCGUCUAUCCCUUCGAAGCUGCGAGAGACAUCGUCGCGAAGGACAGACGCGGGGAAUUAUUCUACUACAUGCACCAGCAGAUUCUCGCACGUUACAACUGCGAGCGUCUUUCGAACCGUUUGGGACGCGUGACGCGCUUCAUCAACUGGUCGGAGCCGAUUCCCGAGGCGUACUUCCCGAAAUUGGACUCUCUUGUAUCGAGUAGGACAUGGCCAGCCCGUACGGCGGGUGCGGUCCUCAAGGACAUUAAUCGUCCGGUGGAUCAACUGAACUUCGACAUCCAGGAUCUGCAAAGAUGGAGGGAUCGAAUCUUCGAGGCCAUCCACCAGGGUGCCGUUACAGACUCCCGUGGACAACGAAUUUUGCUAACGGAAAAGGGAGGAAUCGACGUGCUGGGUAACAUAAUGGAGGCCAGUAUUUUGACACCGAAUCCUAAUCUCUACGGUGAUUUGCACAACUUUGGACACGUCGCCAUUUCUUUCUGCCACGAUCCGGAUCACCGUUACUUGGAAACAUUCGGUGUGAUGGGAGACUCAGCUACCGCUAUGAGGGAUCCAAUUUUCUACAGAUGGCACGCGACGAUCAAUGACAUGUUCAAUGAACACAAAAACACUCUGCCAUCCUACUCACAGCAACAGCUCGUUUACCCAGGCGUGACCGUAACCGACUGUCAGCUCGUUACCCCCAAUCAACCGACCAACGUAUUGUCUACAUUCUGGCAACAGAGCGACGUCGAUCUUUCGCGUGGUCUUGACUUUACACCCCGUGGUGCCGUAUUGGCACGAUUCACUCAUCUGAAUCACUCGCCGUUCACCUACCGAAUUGCCGUCAACAACGCCAACAAUUCUGCGGUGAUGGGUACUUGCCGUAUCUUCCUAGGACCGAAACUCGACGAACGUGGACUUCCCAUCACCAUGCGAGAUCAGAAGGAUCUCAUGAUCGAACUGGACAGAUUCACAGUGACUCUUCGUCCCGGAAACAACACGAUCCAACGUAGAUCCGAUGAAUCUUCUGUGACAAUUCCAUUCGAGCGUACAUUCAGAAAUCUGGAUCAGAACAGGCCUAUCAGUGGCGACAACUUGGAGCAGUUCAACUUCUGCGGAUGCGGUUGGCCGCAACACAUGCUCAUUCCCAAGGGCACCAAGGAAGGAUUCCCCUGCGAUCUCUUCGUCAUGAUUUCGGAUUACAACGGCGACAGGGUCGAUCAAGACGUAACGACUACUUGCACCGAUGCCUCGAGCUACUGCGGAAUCAAAGACAGCAAAUAUCCCGACGCACGUGCCAUGGGAUAUCCAUUCGACAGACGUAUACCUGACGGUGUUGAGACUCUGGCGCUGUUCCGCACCAGCAACAUGUUCGUCACCAAAGUUGACAUUCGUUUCAUCGAUACCGUUGUACCUCCAAGGAGCGCCGGUACCGACGACACCUCGAAUUCUCUCACAUUUGCGUAAGAGGAUUUUCAGGGUGAAGAGGAUGUUGCUCGUUCUGGUUUAUUUCCAUCAGGGACAGAUUUCAUUGCGUAAAAAUUCAAGGACUCCGAUUUAUUUCAUUUUUGGGGAGUUUGGUUUUCUAGCAAUGAUAAUCUGCGUGGUCUGACUCGGCUUUGAAAAAAAGGACUACGAUUUUGGUAUUUAAUUUGUUUGCGAAUGAGGAUAUUCGAUUUGUUGACAACCGCAAUUUUUCAACUGAAAUUUAUUCUUGGACAUACCGAUUGUGAGAUACCAAUAGCUGACUGAUAUCUUCAUUUCUUGAUAUGGUACAAAUACAUGAUGUUUAGGUACAGUAAAAAAAAUCAUAUUUUCAUAAAUCAUUGUAAAAUUAUAUGCACAACCACCCGAUUAUUACGCUGUAUAUAUUACGCUUAGAUAUAAUAUGUCUACGGAUGCUCAAAAAAAAAAAAAAAAAAACAUAAGAACAUUGUAUCGUGUAAAUCUAUAUAAAGAAAUGAAAAUAAAAAAAAGCACAAAUAUAUGUGUACACCAAUAUCAUUAAAUACAAA